AACAAAUACAAAUGUUGUACACAUUUCUAGGUCAGGUUGUUCUAGUUAAAACGACACUUCAGGUACUAUCAGGUAUUGAAAAACGAUAUAGAGCAAUCCGCCAAUAAAUAAUGCAAUCCAUUUAAAUAUAUAAAGGACUGCGGAAGGAAAUAAAAGUCAUAUUCACAUAUCUUUCUAACCGACUUGACCAGAAAAAACCGUUUUCGUAUCUUCCGUAAUCUAUGUAGAACGAAUGAAAUUUGAGGAAUUCGUAAGGUGACGUUCAAAAGCAUCCUGUGACAGAUUCAUAAUGACAGCUCCUAGCCUUAUCAGAUCUCAUUUUUGCUGCAAACUGAGUUAGCUUUUACUUUUUGCAGCGCGCAAAGCAGGUACUAGCGUCGAGGGUCGUAGCCUGACUAUACUCUUGUAUAUGGAACCGAUCUCUCUAUUCCACAUUAGCGCGGUCGCCUCUACAAGCCGCUGUGGCGACGGCUUCAGGAGACCAAGACGCAUGACGAGGACGGUGUACGGUAAACUGGUCAAUAGUAUUUCUGGUAUGAACAACAGCGUAAUAUGAUUCGAACUUUUUUUAGCGUUCUCACUGUCUUCUAAUUAUACACAGAAAGCGUUGGCAAAAACGACAUAGACGAAAAAUAGCCCUUGAUUCGUUUUAUUAACACACUGCCGAUAUGCAAUUGCGGGUUCCCUGAUAGGUGUGCAUGCUCGACUGUUGCGACACGCCAGAAGCGAAUCAGGCAUCUGAGGGUGACAUCGGCAGCAAAAUCUGCUUUGGCCAUCUUUAUUGCACUAACUCGACGUCAACGGCCGCUCGCGCCCUGGCCGCCACGUAUCACCCUUCCAGCAAGUGUUCUGCAAAGCAUUUACAUCUUGUCUUAAGCAAUCUUGUCCGUUAAGUCUUUUCUGGCUGUUUGCUGCUGCCGUCGAUCCUUCUCAUCUAAGCGGGUCGAACCAACAAGCUAUCGCCGUUAUAUUAGCUGCCGAGCAUAGCGUGCGAAACGAGUUCUGUUGUUGUUCUUUGUUGCAGAUGUCGGCGACAACGUUAGUUGUAACAGUGGCGACUGCCGCAAGGAACGUCACCGCCAAGCGGAACUGCUUCAAGCUCGUGACCGGUGGCGCCCUCUUUCGCCAAUCAUCGUUAACGUUUCGAGAACAGUUGUUAAGAAGAGCAGCUCUAUAUUUCGUUCCUCACUCUCUGUUUCACUCCCCCAUUCAUUCGUGCUGAUGUGCGCCGCUCCGUGGACGAACGUCUUUUAUCGAAAAUCAACGUGUAUAGCCAGCUCGACCUAGCAUUGACAUAGGCUGUUCAGAAGCUGAUUGUCCGUCUGGCCGUCCACUUGUUUAUAAGACGAACUUCUUCGAAUGCGUGAGCGUAUGUCGUUGUCAGACAGCACGAACAGCCGUACCUGUGGUCGUACGUAGCUCUGUGGCCUAAUGACGUAAUUUCGACAACGGCUUCACCAGCGCCGCCGCUCCGACCUAAGCUGACCGGAGUCGAGAUGAAUUGCUCUGGGCUCUGCUAGUGAUUUGUCCACUGACGAAAGUGGUGUACAAGAGCAGCGUCUGUGUCUUCGUCGACCGUCGCUCAGCUGGAGAGUAUCUCUCGUUCGAGAAGUUUGUUGUGGGUGCCCUGUCCGUUACCAUCGAUGCCUGGCUAGACACGAGUCGGAAAAGUGGAUCUCAUUGUGAUUUGUAUAUUGUGUCGCUGCUACUGCUGCUGCUGCUCCUAGAGAAAGGAAGAUCUAUCAAGAGCAGUGGAGAGAGAAUGCAGGAGAAGGCGACUAAGACCAGUCAGCGCAAAAGCGGUGGCACCGUAGUAAUGAACGGUCGUCGUACGAAGAGCCCCAGUGAGUGAUAUGGGGCGAUAGUUGGCCACUGAUUCAACUCGGUCUUUGUCUGCUGAGCGGGCGAUUAUCUCUUGAUGACAGCUCCAGUCAGCGGGUCAGCCACUAAGUUGACUGAAUACGCUUAGUUGUAUUAGUCAAGUAACAUCUAUACAGUUCUGUGGAUCCUACCUUGUGAACGCUUGGUGACAUUGCAGUAGACAGGUUAGAAGGAGCACUGGCACGGAUAACGAUGAAACGGAUAUUGUCAUUCACGAUACUUUUACAGUUUGUCAUCUCCACCCGUCAGUAUGAAGUUGGUCAGACAUAUUCCUACCUGUUACGAUCGGACACCUUCCUCAAUGACGCCUCGUCGCAGUUGGGGCAGAAAACAGGUCGCCAAAUAGGCUAUGGUUUCGAGGCCAAGGCUAAACUCACUACUCUUUGGAAGGAUCUUCAAACACCGUUAAAUCGCAUUGUCGAAAUCGACUUGGAAAAUGCCCACCUAACCGUCACUCCCGCUGAUAAACAAGAUUCAAAAGAGCGCAAGAAACACGCUUCUAAUUUGGAUCGGGCCUCCCACUUACCAAUGUAUGCGUUAUUCAAGGACAACGAGAUUGUUCGGGUUUGGGUCGCCAACGCUGACGAUUCAACAUAUCUCAACCUAAAGAAAGGCGUUGCAAGUAUAUUCCAGUACCAGGUGACAUCCGAUAUUAGACGGUCGCAAGUUGACGUCAGUGGUAAAUGCAAGGUCGUCAUCAAAGCCGAUGGCAAACACAUCAAGAAGAUCAAAGAAGAAUGCAUUCAUCCGGACCUCGAGCAGUAUGAGCACCCUCAUUCGGUCCGCUCAGUUAAGACACAGACGACGUCGCAGACCAAUUAUCAACUUCUUUCCGAUCUAUCUGCGGUUCAGACUGCCACGGCUUCGGAGUCGAUCCGCAUGUCUGUGAAUGCGUGGCCAGAAGCGGCUAUCGAGGUGACAGCCCACCACUCGCUGAAACUGGAAGAUAGCAGUGUAGCAAACUCGAAGAUUUCCGUACUUAAGGGCAUCGACGAAACAGAGGCCGUCAGACAGCUCGAGGCGUCUAUUAAGGACCGCUACAAGCAGGACACGAUCAUUGCGCGACCGCAUCAAAUCAACCAUGCACACGGCUUCAAAGGUUCUUUGGCUGAUCGAAUCACACUGUUUCGGGAUCAGCUUUCCGCAGACAAGAUGGCGACACUGAAAAGCUCGAUGGCUUUUGUAACUUUGCUUGAAGGCUUCCGGAUUGCUUCUGAACAGGAAGUUUACGAGGCACUUAAGAAUCCCAAAAACGCGAAAAUCAUGCCUCAGCUUCUCGAUAUCGCCGGUGCGUCCCAAACGAUCCCAUCCCUGAAAGGCUCAUUACGCGUAGUGAAGUUGGACGGGAAGGAUGCGACACUAACUGAACGCUUUCUCAUGGCCAUAUCAAUGGCCUCUCAUCCGACACCAGCCUUCAUCAACCAAUUACAGACACUUGCCGUAAAAAAGCUUGAUAAUGAGAAAGUUUACGCGACUUUAGUGGCCUCAUUCGGCUCUGUGUUGCGACAUGCCCUCGGAAAUAAUAUUCAAAUGAAACAGGCGCACGACGGUAGGAUCUGGCUAGAAUCACAGCUUGCGAAGUGCCCCAACAAAGAUGACGAAUGCAAACUCAUCUUCCUUCGUGCACUCAAAAACGCAGCACAGCCAACAAGUAUCCCGGCACUACUCAAAGAAGCCAAGCAUGGAUCGAAGGCAAUUGGCCCAGCAGUGCUUAAAACCUUAAAGGAGAUCGGAUCUGUAUAUUUCACUUCUGAAGUGUUCGAUACGCUUGAAGAUAUCUAUUUUGAGACGAAAUCCCGCCAGGAAUCGACAGCACGUGCACUGGCCGCAGAAAUGAUCUUUACAGGCGGGGACCACGCAAGAAUUGAGCGGGUCAUGGCAUACAUUAAGAACGUAGGUUGCCCUGAACUGCAGACCUUUAUCACCAGCAAGUUCCAGGAACUCGUUAAAAUUGGUCAGGCUUAUAAUGCUAAGAAGGUCGCUCGGAAUCCUAAAAUAAUCAACUAUGACUCGCUUGCGCAUGGAGGAAUAUCAUCUACAUUCACCAGACUGUUAGCUAGAUCCCACGAUCUCAACACGACAUACGGCCUUAACAUGGAGCUAAUGCCCGGCGGUCUCCUCAAACAAACGUCAUUCGAAGUCAACGUCCAGACAUCAUCUACGGAACAAAUGCCCCUUAUCGCAGUCAACAUCUUCGCCGCAGGCCUUGCUGGCUUGGCUGGUGGGGAUACAUCAGGCAAUGAGGUGGACGUUGACGGUGAUGAAGAGGCUACGGCCGGCAUUGCCCUUCAAGUCCUGGGUGUCGAGAUACGUCCGUACGUUUUCUUUCGCGGUACCGGGGAUUUGAUGGGCCACGUGUGGUCGGGCACAGCUUCCGAAUAUACUCCCGCACUCCAGGGCAACUUCUUGCUUAUGGACCACAUGCAGCUACAGCCUCUGCUUAGUGGUCUCAUUGUACAGCUUCAACUCAAAGGUGCACUAUCUGCUGAUCUUGGCGGCAGCGUGCAAAUUUCGCUCUGGAACAGGAACUCCCAUUCGAUAGUGCAUUCUGCUGGCGCGGGCCUGAUCCAAGGUUCGGCUCGUCUUCUUUCGGACGUUGCAUCGGCGCGGGUUGAAAUUAACGUCGGUUUCGAGUCGUAUCUUGACUUCAUCACCGACUUCGAGUUCUACGAGAAGCCGUACAAAAUGUGCAUUCAGAUGACCAGUCCCGGCCUUUCGAUGAAACAUAAUAUUCGCAAAUACGAGGCAAUCAAUGAUAAGCAACACCUUGUGAGAACAUUGCGCCGAAGAAGUGCCCGUGCUGAGGGCAAAUGUUAUGCUCUCACUCAGAAAAAUUCUGAGCUAUGUGCUGAAAUGCUUGGUGGAACACAAUAGCUCUUGAGAACAUAAAGAGGCAACAUUUCCAGGCCGAAGUGUCUGAAGUUUUUCUAUAUAUACAGCAUGAUUCUAGGAAAGUGGAAAACAUAUUUUCUACAACUUUUGGAAUUUCAUCAUUUCGAAUUCUACCCUCUACAACUCUCUCUGACUUUGCGGCAUCCCGAAUGAGAACCACAAUGUUUCUUUAGCGUGUGGCACUAUUUGACUUAAUUGUUGUAACAUAAUCAAAAUAUGCGCAUGCAUUGCGGUUAUGUCAAAUAGCUAGCAAAAUCAUAGAUAAUAAUCAUUCGAGUUGUUAAUCUUCCUAAGUGGACGUCUUCGACAGGCGUAUCAAAUUAAUAAGUAGUGAUUAUGACGUCUCGUUCAAUUUCGAGGCGUAUAUUUAGUUCAAUGAAUGCUCAAUUUAGAAAAUGCUAUCAAAGACAGAGAGCGGGCAACGAGAAGAUAGCGCGCAUGAAUAAUAGGAACGGAUGCUGGCAAUGGAGUCAUAGCUGUGGGUGUGUUUGGAGACAACAUUCAUAUAUAGUAAUACACGUUUUAUUAAAAUUCGCCGGUAAAUUUCAAUGUUUCCCAUUGGGCUAGCGAUAAAAAAAUAUUUGUGUUGAAUCGUAGCAUGCAGUAGCGCGCGGGAUGGCAUUAGUUCACAACCAAUUCCCUUUAUGGCGUCGUGAAUGAUUGCUUGUGUUUGGAUGGGAGCCAUUGUUCAGUUGCAUAGACGUAGCGCCAGAGAGCGUUUUCCAACUGGGGAAUUACCCUGUAGGUUGGAUGGGUAGUGCUACUGGCAUUUCCGUUUUUUUUUCUUGUAUAGACCGUCGUAGACCGAAAAUUGUCCUUGAUUUCGAAUGUAAUUAUCGACAGCAUUAAAUAACACCUGAAUUCCGCUAAAACAAAGAGCUAUAGGUGCCUGCUUAUAGCAGGUUUAGAAAAGGUAGCAUAGCUAGCCAUAGAUAUUAUACUGUUCGUUGAAGUCGAUCGACAGUCGCAUCAGUGGUCGACAAGGGAGCGGAGCUUGAGGGAAAGCCAAGGAGUUACUAAUGGGUUUGUAAAGAAACUUGCAAACGCUAACAUCAAAAAAGGAUAACACUUUCCAAUACACAGAGAGCCUUGGUAGAAUUACGCAGAUACGAGACACGUCUAAUAAGGCUAAAUUCGUGCCCUCGUUUGAGCACUCUAACGCCAUUUACAUUGAAAGGCUCCGCGUGACUAUAGAUGGAAACUGUGCCAUAAUAUCACUAUUAGAACGUUUUCGAACAGAAAAUGGUCACAAUCUGAGGAGCUAUGUAUGCAGGUCAGUUUACGGCUCCCACAACAACGGUAACUCAAGCGUGCAAUUAUAAAUUACAGACGAUGGGUUAAAAAUGACGACGGGUCACCUAGAGCUCGGCUUGAGGAUGGCUAACGAAGAAUGUGUGCAGAUUAUGUAGGGACUUAUUGGUGAGUUUAUUGAGUCUGUAUUUUAUGCUGAAAAUAAAAGCGCAUUAACAAUGGUAAAAACAACUGAAAUGUACAAAAGGAUUUUUAAUAUCUUUUUAAUAAAAAAAAAAAAAUAUAUAUAUAUAUAUAUAUAUAUAUAUAUAUAUAUAUAUAUGAUGCUGUCAUCAGCGCAAGUGCGAAUUGUUUCUCUUGACACGCAGUAUAUAGACUAGAAAAAAAAAGAUAGCGUCAGAUCUUUACGUAUUUGACACCGGAGAACAAAAACGGCUGAACAUAGUCAGUCAGGAUACCAUCCGCUAGGUCUCUACAUGGAGCAGAUAUUUUGACAACCAGGACCAAAUGAAGACUCUGUAAUACUCACCGGCAGGACAAUAAUUUCACUUGAACGUUUAACAUUUUGUCGUUUGUUAACAGUCUCUUGAAUAGCUUGAAAUCAUUAUAGUUAACAUGACAUGAAUUGACAUUUAACUAUGGGAGUUUUAAGUGUGACAAGGGCAAUGCAUGUCAAAAAUAUGUAGAAUGUAAAGCACCUGUCGCAUUGAAUCUGUUAUGCAUGAUAUUGUAACGUUUUGUAUCUUACAGCCAUUCAGCCGCAGUUGUUGAAGUAUUUAUUUAACUGUUAGUAGGACUUAUAAAACGCAAUUACCAAAUACGGUCUUUAUUCUAGGGGCUAUGUUCGUUCACUAUGUCACCACUACGACUAAUGUCAUUAAACACAACGGCCUUCCUACUGGAGAGCGCAUACAUACAAACCAUGUUUUUAAUGUUUAUUUACUUAUACUUACGGUAACACAUAAUGUUAUUGUUUUGUUUUCUUUGAUAUAAACAUCAUUAUCGGAUAGAAUUGUUGCUGUUUUUCUGUGAAGUCGGAAACGCUUCGAUAUGUGUCAUGCUUGGAACAUUAAAGAUAAUUUACUUGUAUUAAAGGUAUAAGUGGGAUAGAUAAUCAGAUUUAUUACCGAGAUAACAAAGACACAGUAUUUCUUAUUUAUCGGUUGAUCUUAAUAUGAGGCCUAACCCAGUUUUUAGCGCGAAUGAGUACAAGCAACUAGACAGUGUCAGAG